AAAGAAAUAGUAUAUGGGCCUGGAUUUAGCUCAGUGGUGCUGCUGCCUACCUCCCAAACACAAGGGCCCAAUCCCCGGGAAAGUGGUGGUGGUGGGGAGUAUACAAUGAACUAAAAACACGUAUCAAAUUUGAGAAAUUAAGAUUUGGGCUUUGCCAUUUACUAGCUUUUUCAGAACAUAUUUUUAAAAACAGUCUCAGAAUUAAGAUGAACUGAGAUUCUGCUCCUACCUUGGCUUUGUAUAUUAUAUGGGAGGAAAUAACUUUAGGUCCCCGUUUCCUGUAGAAAAGGGAGCUUCUUUGAGAUAUGGGACCAGCCCUCUUUAUAACUUGAUACAUACAUGUUUAGACAGUAGUGGGUACUUGGGGGUGUGGAGGGUAAUUUGACCAGGCUGCUUGUAUUAGAAGGGAGGGAUUCCUUUCUAGACUUGAUUCCCUCCUCUAAUGGAUUGGUUAUGUUCUCUGACAGUUCUAACUGCUUGGGCUAUGCUGAUUAUCCCCCAUCUGCAGCUGAAAAAACAGGAGUGACAGAAUGGGAGUUAGGGCGACGGGGUUCAGAAGUGGUGUGCACACCAGGCCUGGUGUGGUACAUGCCUGUAAUCCUAGUGCUCUAAGAAACUGAGAUACGAAACGUGCAGCUUUGAGCUCAGCCUAAGCAACUUAGGUUCAAAGGAAUGAAUGGCUCAAGAUGAAGCUCCAUUCAGUCCCUAGUAUGGGAGAGGGGAAAACAUUUAUGGUCGCCUCAAGAGAGGCAUGUUGUUAAAAGAACCUUUUAUUCUGGGGAAAGAUGUUGUCUAGGCAGAAUGUCACGUCUCCCACGUGUUCCUGGACUUGUGUUGUUACCUGCUUUGGGAUGCAGCCAUGAGAAAGAUGGUCCUUGCCUGUCAGAGGCUGUUAAACCACCAGAGGUGGAGUAAGUCCCAAUGUCCCAGUUAGACUAGAAGGCAUCUAUCUGUUUGCUCCCCCUUGUAGGGAGGCAAGGAAACCGAGGUGGCGCUGACGUUAGGCUUUUUCAAGCCUGGCUUUCUCCCGAACUGGCACAGCUUCCCCACCCAUUCUAACCUGCCCGGGCCUGUGGCUGCUGCCCAGGGAGCCAAGGCUCCUCCCCAAACAUAAAACUUGAAGAUCCUGUGGACCUCAUAAUCUAGACUCCUCAGGCUGUCUGCUGUGUCUUCUGCGGGACUAGGCUGCUUUCAGUCCCAUGGCCGCCUACCCUGGGGAGCCAGUGCUCCUGCCCUGUGGGUCCUGUGACAUGGUUUUCCGCUCCUGGGCCCUGUUGGCCACCCACACUCAGCGCUUCUGCAUUGGCCGCCUGACCAGGGAAGUGACUCUUGGAGCAAAGCCCUCUACUGAAUCAGGGGGCAUCGCGACUGUGUCACAAGAACUCCAGGGUCCCCCAGACCAGGAGGUCAGCAAAUGUGCUCUAGAGAGGUUAAGAGAGGAGGUACAGUGGCUACGGCUGUCGCAGCAGGAAAUGCGACCCCAGGUAGCAGAGGGCCCCUCGGCUGAGGCUGCGGGGAGCCCUCACGAGCGGCUGUGGGCACUGCAAGGGACUCACACCAGGCGCAGGGCGCAAACUGAAGCACAGGGCCGGGCCCUGGAACAACGUAGCGCAGAACUGAGCCGGCACCUUCAAGGUUUGGCCCGAGUCCGGGGCAGGCUACCCCAACUCCUAGGCCUGACACGAGAGCUGCGAGAGCUUCGGGCUGAGGCGGGGCGGACCAGAGGAGCUCUAGAGGUGUUUGGGGCACGCGUUCAAGAGCUUAAGCCCCAAAUAGGGUGAGGCCCUGGCAGAGCGCGGCCGUGGCAGAGGGGUAUCACCAGCCGAUGGGGAUCCGUGACAUCGUCUCCUUGUGCCAGAACCCAGUCGAACACGCUGCCAGAAGCUGAGCUCUUACGGCCUCUGCUGCAAGCUAAUGCAGGGAGCCUGGCUGCUGAGAUUGGGGCCCUCCGCGAGGCUUACAUGCGAGGCGGUGGCCGAGACCCUGGCGUUUUGAGCAAGAUACAGCAGUUGCAAGCAGAGGCAUCAGCGCUGGAGCUGCGGAGGUCGCAGAGCCGCAGGGAAAAGGCAGGUGCUGCCUUGGGGCAGCUUCUGGUCAUGGAAGCGGAAAACCAGCGCCUGGAGGCGGAAAUCCUGGCCUUCCAGAAGCGGAGGGGCCUGGGCCAGGCGCCCCGGGGCCCAGGGGAGCCACGACUCCUGAGGGGGAAAGACGCCCCACUCCUCCCUCCACCAGUAGCGCCCCCAUUGCCAUCACUUCCGGGAUCCACAAACUUCCAGUUCUUGGGCGGCGCAGAAAAGGUUGUGAGAACCCAAGGGUGGGGAGGGGAAUGGGGUGUCAUAGGAUCGGCUGUGUGCUGUGCAGGGGGAGCACAUGCAGCUAGAAGGCUUUCUGGAGGAAUCAACUCUUCCCCACAGCCACUACUUCCUGGAACCAUGACCAGAAACCUGGGCCUGGACCCAUAUGUUCUGCCCACAUCUGAUGUGCUUGGCCCUGCACCCUAUGACCCUGGGGCUGGCCUGGUCAUUUUCUAUGACUUCCUGCGAGGACUUGAGGCUUCUUGGAUUUGGGUGCAACUAAUGACUGCCUUGACUCGAAACGGACAGGAUACAGGAGGGACCACAGCAUUGCCCCCAGCCCUUUGCUUACCCUCGCCUUCAACUCCGGGGCCCACAGGCAACUGUGCCAUCCUUGCUAGCAGGCAGCCUGUACCCAGACUGCCUCCAUCCCCUUUGGCAUCCUUGGUCUGUGAGCUACAGGCCUGGCAGGGGCUCCCAUGGGCUAGGACACCACAGCCAAAGGCUUGGGCCUCACUGCCACUAUUUGAUCGAGAUCUGCGGGUACUAAGUGGCUACUGGCGCCUCCCCCUUCGGGCUCUUCCUCUGGACUCCAGCCUCAGCCUAGGGCAGCAGAAUGGGAUUCCCCAGGCAGGCCAAGCUGAGCUCUUUCUACGACUGGUAAAUUCGAGAGAUGCGGCUGUCCAGGUACUGGCAGAGAUCAAUCCAGCAAGUGCCCACCAGUACCAGUACCCACCACUGGUAUCCAGCUCAUCUUCACUGGAAGCCACUGGCUGCACACCUAAAUUUGGCUCUACUGAAACGCCACUUCCUACAGAGCCUUUGGCUCCAUGAAGGACAAUGAGAAGUUUCUGUCACAGCUGACCCAGAUCCACCAGGUUUCUGAGCCAAGGUGAAUGUGAGACUUAUUCCCCAAUCUGCAGCUUUACCCUAUGCUCUAACAUAACAUGAGAACUAGGGAGGCAAAUAAAGUGAACUCCAACCACUGCACUUAUUUUCCUUUUGUAAAAGAUUAAAUGACUCGUAUGUAACACUGCCUGACAAUCUUUCUGAAAGGUGACUGUUUUGCUGAAGCCAGCUUUACUGUCAAACUUCAUUCAAAUCCCAUCUUUAGACUUCACU